UCUCACUGUUUGUGAAGGGCAGGAUAGUGGAAGAUUGGAGAGAGAGAGAGAGAGAGAGAGGUCAAUGAGAUAGAGAGCAGAGUGGGGUUAUCAAUACCGGUAUGUCUUGGAUUUACUAUUAUCAAAGUAAAUCAGAGAGAGCAUUUGAUGUGGAGGGUUUGCUUAAUUGCUUGCUUUUAAUUGUAUUGUAGUGAAAAAGAGAGAGAGAGCGAGGUCUUUCUUUGAGCUCUUUCAGGUAUACUGGGUUCAUCUUUUCUGGGAAGCCCUUUUCUUCUACAUUCUUUUACAGUGUUAUUGUUAAUCUUGGGGAUCUGGGUUCUAAGAUUUGAGCCUUAAAGUUUCGAUCUCUCUUGGGUUUCCUUGCAAUUUUGUGUUUUUCUUGGAAUUGUGUUUCUAUAUUGGGAUUUUUACCUGGGAAAUGGUCCACUGAAAGCCUUAAUUUUUGUGGUUGGAUUCUCAUUGUUCUUCACAUUUCUUUGGUGUUGGAGUUAUAGAUCCUUUGAAUUGCUGGGUUUCUUUGAUCUGAAUUGCUUUCAUGCAUCUUUCCAUAUGGAAAAACAUUUCCCAAUGCGCCGCUCUGAUUCUGGACAAGAAGAGCAGCAGCAGAAGAAAAGAUGGGUCUGAUUCAGCUCUUGAAACCAAGAAAAGCUCGUCGAUUCUUCGGAAAUUGCAAGAGAACAAGCUCAGGGAAGCUCUCGAGGAAGCUUCCGAAGAUGGGUCUCUCUUCAAAUCCAAAGACAUGGAGGAUUCGGAGUCGCUGGCCAACCAGGACGAGACCUUGGGUCGGUCCCGCUCGCUCGCGAGGCUCCAUGCGCAGCGCGAGUUCCUCCGAGCCACUGCCCUUGCCGCCGAGCGCUCUUUCGAGUCCGAAGAUGCCAUUCCAGGCCUCAGCGAGUCCUUCUCGAAGUUCCUAACCAUGUAUCCCAAAUACCAGUCUUUGGAGAAGAUCGAUCAGCUGAGGUCCGAGGAGUACUCGCACUUGUCCCCUAAGGUAUGCCUUGAUUACUGUGGGUAUGGUUUGUUUUCUUAUGUUCAGACUCUUCACUAUUGGGAGUCUUCCACGUUUAGCUUGUCUGAGAUUACUGCAAAUUUGAGCAAUCAUGCUUUAUAUGGAGGUGCUGAGAGAGGAACUGUUGAGCAUGAUAUAAAGACUAGGAUUAUGGACUAUUUGAACAUUCCUGAGCAUGAGUAUGGCCUAGUUUUUACCGUGAGUAGAGGGUCUGCAUAUAAAUUGUUGGCUGAGUCAUACCCUUUUCAUACCAACAAAAAGUUGUUGACAAUGUUUGAUUACGAGAGCCAGUCUGUGAAUUGGAUGGCUCAGGGUGCUAGGGAGAAAGGUGCUAAAGUGCACAGUGCGUGGUUCAAAUGGCCAACCCUGAAGUUGUGCUCCACUGAUUUGAGAAAGCAGAUUUCUAGCAAGAAGAGACGGAAGAAGGAUUCUGCAGUCGGUCUUUUCGUGUUUCCAGUUCAGUCUAGAGUUACUGGGGCCAAGUAUUCGUACCAAUGGAUGGCACUAGCGCAGCAAAACAAUUGGCAUGUUUUGCUUGAUGCUGGUUCAUUGGGUCCCAAGGACAUGGAUUCACUUGGGUUGUCCUUAUUCAGACCAGAUUUCAUUAUCACAUCAUUUUACAGGGUAUUCGGGUAUGACCCGACUGGUUUUGGAUGUCUUCUGAUCAAGAAAUCAGUGAUGGGAAGCCUUCAAAGUCAGUCUGGGUGUACUGGGGUUGGAAUGGUGAAGAUUACCCCCGAAUUUCCUUUGUAUUUGAGUGAUUCUAUGGACGGUCUGGACAGGUUGGCUGGAAUUGAAGAUGAUGAACUAGUUGGGAAUGGUGAUAAAACCUCUGAAACUCGCCAGGGAACUCAGUUGCCUGCUUUUUCUGGUGCAUUUACAUCUGCUCAGGUGAGGGAUGUAUUUGAGACUGAGAUGGAUCAUGAUAGCUCUGAGAGGGAUGGGACAAGCACCAUAUUUGAAGAAACUGAGAGUAUUUCAGUUGGGGAGGUGAUGAAGAGCCCGGUCUUCAGUGAAGAUGAAUCAUCUGACAACUCGUUCUGGAUUGAUUUGGGUCAGAGUCCAUUGGGGUCUGACAAUGUAAGCCAACUGAACAAACAGAAGGUGGCCUCUCCCUUACCGCCCUUCUCGUUUCCUAGCAGGAAAAAUCACAAGCGGCUAUCUCCAAAGCCCUCUUCCAAGAUAUAUGGAAGCCCGAUAUAUGAUGACAAGGAGGUCAACCAUGGGCCUCAUGGUGACCGCCAUGUGCUAUCGUUUGAUGCUGCUGUCCUGUCAGUUUCCCAGGAACUGGAACGUGUCAAGGAGGUCCCUGAAGAAGAACAAUUUGCAGCAGCAAACCCCACUUCAGAAAAUAGUAGAAAGUUUAUUGAUCGUCUUCGUGUUCAGGAGAUUGAAGAAGAGACCACAACCAGCAAACCCCUUCCUAGUGGGUCUGUUUCCAAUUCUGCAGCAAAUGGAUCCCGUGUCAACGGAUCAUCUUCUGCUUUUCAGCAUAGCAGCCAAGAGAAUGGCUCAACCUCUGAAAUUUACAUGGAGAUGAAAGAGAGCGCCAUAAGGAGAGAAACUGAAGGUGAAUAUAGGUUGUUGGGGAGAAGGGAAGCGAAUAAAUAUGCUGGUGGUAGAUUUUUUGUUUCAGAAGACAAUGAAACAGCAAACAGGGAAAAGAGGGUAUCCUUCAGCAUGGAAGACAAUCAUAAAGAGCGGCUGAGCCAAACAUUGGAGGCAGGAGAGAUAUCUGUGACCAGCCUGGAUGAUGAAGAGCACACUAGUGAUGGUGAGUAUGAUGACGGGCAAGACUGGGACAGGAGAGAACCUGAGAUAAUAUGCCGGCAUCUUGAUCAUGUUAAUAUGUUGGGCCUCAAUAAAACCACCCUCAGGCUACGGUUUUUGAUCAAUUGGCUUGUGACCUCAUUACUGCAACUAAGAUUACCUGGUUCAGAUGGGGAUGACAGCAAGAAUCUUGUUUACAUCUAUGGCCCAAAAAUAAAAUAUGAAAGAGGUGCAGCGGUGGCUUUUAAUGUGAGGGACAGAAACAGGGGUCUUAUCAAUCCAGAAGUUGUUCAGAAGCUGGCCGAAAGAGAAGGUAUCUCUCUUGGCAUCGGCUUUCUUAGUCACAUAAGGAUUCUAGAUAGCCCCAGACAGCAACGAGGUACUUCAAAUUUUGAAGAUACAACGCUUUGCAGGCCGAUGGAAAAUGGCCGGCAUGAUGGAGGAAAAAGUGGGUUCAUAAGGGUUGAGGUUGUUACAGCUUCUCUAGGCUUUCUAACAAACUUUGAGGACGUUUACAAGUUAUGGGCUUUUGUGGCGAAGUUUCUUAAUCCGACAUUCAUCAGAGAGGGUGCCCUUCCAACAGUUGAAGAAGGUUCUGAGACAUAAGACCCCCAUACAUAUCCACGGCUUUGUUCUAUUUUGCAUAUAGUUGAAUGCUUUUGGCAUGGAAACUUCUUCCGAGGAAUCUCCUGCAGUACUCUCAGUGAAAGAUUCAGAAGCCAAAGGAAGGAUGGGAAAGCCUCAGCAAGGGCGUGAAGGUAUUAAUUUCUGUGGCCAGAUACCCGGGCUCUUCCUCAGACUUCUCAAUCCAUAUGGCUGAAUUUGUUAAUUCAUGUUUGUUAUUGCUCGGAAUUUUCUUUUUUCAAACUUUUGGGUUCCUGUAGAGUUGGCUUUAGAAAUUUAUAUGUUCCCAGGAAGUCAUGGUGAACUUGAAGCUGAAAUAUAUGAUAAUAUGAACACAGUUUCACCAUCA